GAGUCACCUCUAUCGCAUGUUGUGUAUGGCGUUAGCUAUAUGCUAGAAAAAAGAAAAUACGUCCAUAAGUAAUGUUUUGUAAAAAAAAAUGAGGCCUAUCUGUGACUGCUGCGUCGAACAUGUAAAUAUACUGAAACAGCAGGUGUCUGUGAUGCGAAAGGAAAUCAAGAAUCUUCGGCAGAUGCUGGACACUGCAACCAGAAUUCAUCGCAAACACAUCCUUUCUAUUCAGUCUGCAGUGUCAAAAGUUUGUGUCCAUGAGCCUGAGAAAGCCCUGCCACCGCCUCCACCAGCUUCAUCUCAGGCAGCGUUAGAACACGGAACCAUCCAGACGGUCCCCAUUGGUUACAUACGUUCCUGUUUCUCCGUGAAGAACGGGACACCCAGACAGCCCACCGUCUGCGGGCCCUCGAGAGCAGAGCUGCGACUGAAGCAGAGUGUCUUCAAUAAUCCCGACCAUGCCCUGCUGGGACUGGAGCAAUAUUCUCAUGUCUGGGUUAUCUUUCUGUUUCACAAGAAUGGGCACUUGAGUUACAAAGCCAAAGUGAAGCCACCCAGGCUAAAUGGUCAGAAGGUGGGCGUGUACUCCACUCGCAGUCCGCACCGACCGAACGCUUUAGGCUUAACUCUUGCGAAGCUGGAUAAAAUUCAUGGUGACACAUUACAUCUGUCAGACAUUGACAUGAUCGAAGGCACCCCAGUCCUAGAUGUCAAACCUUACAUCCCAGAAUAUGAUUCUCCUUGCACUAGAAUGAGCAUAGACUGCAGGUCUUGUCCAUCAAGUGCAGACCAAUCAGAUUCCACCUCUUUGUCGCCUAACCAGCCAACGGAAGCUCUGUUAAACGUAAAAGAGAGUGGUGUCAAGUCUGUAGCAGAUACUCCAAACGUAGAUGGAUGUCAAUUCCCUAAUUCUUUGACCAUGCCUGGGGACACUCUCGCCAUGCUUGAGGAAGUGAAGGCCUACCUGAGCCAAAGUGACUUCAACCAGGGAAGCGGAGACCGCAAGCGCAGAGCUUCGGACCUGCAGGGAGCUGAGCAAGACCAGCGGCCCUGCUAUAGAGAGGAGUCCUACAGUACCAUCGCUGGCUGGAUUAGAGCGCCACCUGUUGCCAGUCUGGAGGUCCGCUUCACCCCUCAUGCUGAGAGGCAACUUGCAGAAUUCCUUCCCACAGAGCAGUCAGGACCGCCUGAAAGUGACCGGCCGAGGUUCAAGUUCCUGCACAGUUCACAGGAAGCCACUGCAGCCAUCAGAGGCGUGCUGUCUGCAGACCCUAGAUCAGUCUACAGGAGGACUCGAUGCAAAGACAAGCUCUUUUUCUUCACUUUAGAUUCAGCUGACAUAACCUGCUGGUUUGGACAAGGCUUUGUUGAGGUGCUGCAGGUGCGACCCGUUCAGCAUCCCAUUGAUUCCACGUAUAAAAUGUAAAAAACCCUGUAGGUUGAGAUCAGACUUAGUAAUCUGCUUUGUAUGUUAUAGAAUGUAUAUUUUGUGGCCUCUUCUUACGUUAUUGUCAUGUAGUCUUUAUAAACAAUAAGUGAUUAUA